GAAUAAUGUUGAUGUGAGACUGACUUAAUCGAGGUAGGCAAUGACAUUGAUUAGGAUGACAGUUUGUUAGAAUAAAGAUCAUUCUGUAAAAGCACUUCAAAGAGAACAGGUGUAUUUAUUGAACAAGCCUAUAUUUCCACAAAUCAGAAGUGGGAUGUUGCUGCGUAGUCAGAAGACUUCGGAUGAACUGGAUUUUUCCGAAACCCGGCAUCCUUCGCAUGAAAGAACCAACCGAGAACUUGAGGCUGAAAUUGCAAGAGGAUCUGUAGGAAUCGUUGCGGAAGGCACUAUGAAUGCUACAAAUUUGUCGAUGCAAAAAGGUCAAGUUCGCUCAAGGGGUGGUCGCGGUGAUGGAGUGGAAGAACAUUCGUUUCUGGAGAACAACGCAAACCAUAAUCAAGGGAUCAAUGGUCGUGGUUGUCGAGAACAGAGGAAUGCUGCAGUUCCAGAGUUAGUGAUGCCAAGAAACACUUUCCGACUUGAUGAAAUUGCUGCGUUUCUGCCGUUUUUUGCCGGAGAAAAGGAUGAAGAUGUGGCUCAUUUUAUCUCUAUAAUUGAAAAUACGAAGCGAGCUUUGGAAAUAGACGAUCAAACAAUGAAGCUGGUGCUCAUCAAACAACUGAAAGGAAAUGCAAGAGUUUGGUUACAUUCGCGGGCAGACUUCAUGUUAAGAACUUUCGAGGAAACACUGGAAGAUCUUCGUCAAAUGUUUGGAUCAGUUGAAAGUGGAUUCGAACUGCGGAAGCGCUUGGAACAGAUACGAUGGUUUGGACGAGAGCCGUUCGCUGAUUACUGCCAGUCAAAAAGGAUAAUCGCCCAAAAGCUAAAUUUGAAGGAAAUUGAACUUGUCGAGUACAUCGUGGAAGGAAUAGCUGAUUCUACGCUGAAAAAUCAAGCAAGAAUCCAAAACUUCAAGACCGUUGCCGACAUCAAUCAAGCAUUUCGAAUGAUAAAAGUGGAUGAUAGAACAACUUCGCGGAAACCAGUCGUUUGCUAUUCCUGUAAUCAACCAGGUCAUUUUGCUGCCAAUUGCAAGAACAACUUGGAUCGGAAGAAACCAACAUUUUGGAAGCCAAAGGAUGGAAUGCAGCGGCAAGAAACAAAGGGCAGACCAAUCAUCAAUGCAGUUUUGAAUGACGGACAUUCGGAGGAUGACGUAGGCUUAGAAGGACAUGAUGGACUGAAUUAAGUUCGUAGUGGUGCCAGAUAAGGUGCUUGGUCCUGUCGAUGCAAUCAUUGGACGGGAUGUUAUUAUGCAUUCAGCAAUUAGGACAAUAAUUCAUCAAAAUAUUCGGAUACAUUCAAUAUGUCGCGAUAAUAUCUCAAAACUUGAACCUGAAUCGAAUAAAAAGGUAACUAUUUGCAAUAUCAAUCCUGAUGUUUCUGAUGUUAUUAGAGAAAACAUUGGGGAUAUAACGAACGAUCAAUUGGCACAAUUUUUGAACAUUUUUGAAACGUGUUAUGUUUAUUCCAAUAAACCCCAAAUUCCUGAAACAAAAUAUGAAAUGGAAAUAAAAUUAAAAAAAGGAGAUCCAUUUCAUUAUAAACCUCGUCGUUUAUCAUUUGAUCAAAAAAAGAAGGUCGAAAUUAAAAUUAAAGAGCUUUUAGAUGCAGGCAUAAUCAGAGAGAGUAAUUCACCAUUUGCAAGUCCGAUCGUAUUAAUACCAAAGAAAAAUAAUGAUAUACGAAUGUGUGUUGACUACAGAAAGCUCAUUAAAGACACAAUUCGUGACAAUUUUCCUUUACCGAUUAUUGAGGACAUAUUUGAUAGUUUAAGAAAUAAGAAAUUUUUCACCAUUUUGGACCUUAAAUCUGGAUUUCAUCAAAUAAAAUUAGCAAAAGAGUCAACUAAAUUUACUUCAUUUGUGACCCCAAAUGGGCAAUAUGAGUAUUUAAGAGUUCCAUUUGGUUUGUGCAAUGCCCCGGCUGUUUUUCAGAGGUUUAUAAACAAAAUUUUCAAACAUUUGAUUGAGAGUGGAAAAUUGGUAGUUUAUUUGGAUGAUAUUUUAAUAGCUAGUGAAACAUUUGAAGAACAUUUGGAAAUUUUACAACAGGUUUUUGAAAUUUUGAGCAAAAAUUUACUUGAAUUAAAUUUAGAAAAGUGUAAAUUUAUAUUUGAAGAAAUUGAAUAUUUGG